AAAAAAUUGACGACGACGAGACGCAGUGCGAAAGAUGAAAACUUUCUGCUCCGUACGUAUUUUGAGGUGUUUUUAAAUUGAAUUUUGUGCGCUGAAUCAUCGAUCCGGUUUGCGAAAUCCGUAGUGCAAAAGUGCUUGAGGCCGUCCCGAGUGCGCGAUGGUGAAGAAAAAGUGCAAUGAGAUCAGGGACGACGAUUCCUCGACGGAAUCGAACGACGAUGCGCGGUUGCAUCCCCACUCCGCUCCGGGGGAUAAGUGCGUCCACGUGAAGAAAGCAAUCGACCCGACGAUGGUCAAGAAGAAGCUGAAAUUGAACGGUCUGGAGAAGCACUGUCCCAAAUGCGUGGAGGACAAGACCCUGGAUCUGGCGGCCGCUGGGGAUGGCGAGGUGGAGGGAGCGAUGUCCUACGAUAUGUGUUUAUGGCUAUGCCUCCAGUGUGGAACGCAGCUGUGCGGGCGGUACCGUAACCAGCAUGCCCUUGCUCAUUACAAGACUCCCCGGUCAGAACCGCAUUCGGUGGCAAUGAAUACGACCGAGUUCAAGGUCUGGUGCUACCAGUGUGACUAUGAGGUGAACCCCAAGUUGGUGCCCAAGCUGGCAGAUUGCGUCGAGUUUGUGAAACGAGAAGCGGAGAAGGCCAAGGAUGGCCCACCGGCUAUAACCAAUAUUGAACAGAAACUACUUGCAACGGUCGAUGACCUCCGGGCGGUAAUGGGUGAUGCCAUGCCAAUACCCAUUGCUUCCGGAUCGACCGUCACCAGCAGUACCAUGGGACUGGCCAGCGGUCAGAAUCGACCGAAAGGCACCAACUCGAUUGCUCCUCUUACGACACCAAACUAUCGAGAUCUCCGGUUGGACAUUUACAGGGAUCCCAAUGCCGCCAUCAUUGAUGGUCUCCCGCGAGUUCGAGGCCUGUCCAACUUGGGUAAUACCUGCUUUUACAAUGCCGUGCUUCAGUGUCUUGCCCGGACUCCGUUCCUGUUGGACGUUCUGAAGGAAUCUGCUACGAAAGGGGAAAAGUUCCAACUGCCAGGUGGACUGCUGAAGCACAAGGAUGGAUCCGAAACGGAACUGAGACCGAUCAAUAGCGAGCUGGAUGUAUGGGGCAGUUUGACGGAGUCCCUGGCCUACACGCUAACAGAGCUGCAGUCCGAAGGCGGCGUUUUCUCGCCGAGCAACCUGUUGCGACAACUGACCGCCAAGUGGCCCCAGUUUGCCGGUGCCGAGCAGCAUGAUUCGCACGAGCUGCUCAGACAUUUACUGGUGAGCGUUGCGGUUGAAGAUUUAAGGAGAUACCAACUGGUGAUCCUGAUUUCGUUAGGCUAUAGCAAAAAUGUCAAUCCCCAAACCGUCGAAAAUUCUAUGAAGGAAAAAAUCAAAUUCUACGGCGCGCAAGCAGAAGAUCGGAUCUUCCGUCCGGAGCCGGUGUUCCGGGGCUUCCUCGUGUCGACCCUUACCUGCCAGGAGUGCUACCACGUGUCCUCUCGGCACGAGUCCUUCCUGGAUCUUUCGCUGCCGGUGAGCGUCGAAAAGCCGCAACCUCCUAUCCGACGGAAAGGCAGUCCGGAACCCGAUUACGGCUUUGGUGCUUCCUCUUCCGGGGCAACCUGCAAACCGCUGAGCAGUAAGGAGCGCCGACGUGUCAAGAAAGCCAAUCGUGCCGCUGUUAAGAAGGACAAGAACCUGCUCAAUUCGAAUGCCACGGCGGCCGGUGCCACAGGGCCAGAAACGGGAACGGAUUCCGGUGCCGGCGGAGGAGCUGACGGUGAGUCCGAGGCAGAUGACGACGGAAUGUCCGAUGCGGAUGUGGAAGACAAUCUAACGGAUGAUUCGCAACCGAAGAAAUUCGGCGGCGCUCAGAUAGAUCAAAACGGCAACCAACAGUCGUCGGUUGGACCGGAAAAGCGCGAUGACACACCGGAGAACCCGAACAAGGAAGGCGUCGGGGACGGCAACGUGGUUUGUGAGCUAGGUUUGAGUGCCGAGGGAGUGGCCAUCAUGAUGGAGAAGAUGACGCUGAACAGUAGCGGUGAUCAGCAGCAGGACGAGCAGGAUGCCAAAAACUUGAAGACACGUCGCCAGAGAACCUACAGCCAUGCCGACUGGGGAAGUACGUUGGCCCCACGAUACCAAUGCGAAGAAAACGAAUGUUCCAUUCAAUCCUGCUUGAACGGCUUCACGGUCGCCGAACUGAUGACUGGCAGUAACAAGGUCUGCUGCCUUGCCUGCACCGAACGAAUCAACGGCAAGGACGGCAAAUCGGUCAAUACGAAUGCAACGAAGCAGUUUCUGAUUUCUUCCCCACCGGCUGUCCUCAUCCUGCACCUCAAACGCUUCCAGGUCGGACCUCGCGGAAUGCUACGAAAGAUCACCAAAUCCGUUACGUUUCCCUUCGUGCUGGACAUUGCUCCGUUCUGCGGUUCCCGGGUAAAAAAGCUGCCCAACGUUAUGCCCGGCCAGAAGAAACUGCUCUACUCGUUGUACGGAAUCGUGGAACAUUCGGGCACCAUGCACGGAGGACACUACGUAGCCUAUGUGAAAGUCCGUCCACAGCUUCCACGAGACGAUAUGCGGUGGGAGUUCCUGCCGAAGGGAUCCAAAGCCGAACUGGACCAGAAGGACGAGGAAGCCCUUCAGCUCGAACGGGAACUGGCCAAAGAACAGGCCCGCAAUAUGACCACCGCCGCCAGGGACAGUGACGAUGCGCUCAGUUCGUCCAGCAGCUUGUCGAGCAGUCGAUCCAGCACCGGAAUGACCACCUCCGACGGCGACGAGGAAGGCGCCGUGGGUUACACGCCCAAGGCGGAAAUCCUACCGGACGUGGACCCACCGCCCGGCAAGUGGUACUACGUGUCCGACAGUCACGUCCGCGAGACGACCGAAGAGCAGGUGCUGAACGCCCAAGCCUAUUUGCUGUUCUACGAGCGGAUUUUCUAAGCGGCAGAAACGUCAACAGGUACGAGUGGGUGCGGGAAAAAAUCUUGACGGGUUGAUGCAAGGUCGUUGCGUUUGGUGGCAAUGUUGUCGAAUAUCUUGAUUUUGUUUGGCGUUGUAGGAAUAAACUGUUGUGAAUUGUUUCCAUAAACAAAAAAAAAACGUUAUGGCUGAAUGGAAGAGGAUGAGAGGAAUUUUCAGCCGGUUGUUAUCUUUGUUAUCUGGCAUUCUUACAACAUGUCCCACCUGAUACGCUUUUGUAGCUUUGGCGACUUUCUGAAUGCAGAGGACUUUCCAGGGGAAUAUUUCUAGUGAAUUUUAAGGAGAAAUUCAAUUGCAUGGGAAUUUAUGAACAGAUGCUUAGGACAAUGGAAUUGUGAUGAGAAUUCCAGGUGAACUUUAAGGAGAAAUAGCCAUGAGAUUUCCUUUAAAAAAUGGUAAUUCUGACUAGAAUUCCAAAAUGAUUAUGGGAUUUAUAAACAAUUCUAAAAGAAAUUGAAGGGAGGACUUCGGUCACGUCUAUUUUGAAAUUCCAGGGAAAUUCUGAGCAGAGAUCGUAGGAGGUUUCAAAUCAAAUUCCUGUCAGAAUGUCAAGCAUGGCAACUGAAACGAGUAUUCAGUGGAGAAUUUGAGCGAGAAUUAGCGGAGUUAAUUGACCAGUUCCACGCCAGCUGACGAAUCGGUUUUAUUUUUACCUCUCCGAAUUCCUUGAAACUUCGCAUAAUUGUUCACUUGAUAACAUUAAGAAGGUAGCAUGCAACUUACCUUUUCCCUCGUUGCUCUCAGCGUUUUCGCAGGCGUCGGGGCACUAGUUAUUUUGGUUGCGGCGCACUUUCGUUCGUCCAUUCGCGCACUAAUGUGGACCGUUCUAUCGGCCGGUUCUGGCCCGGUUUCUUGGAAAAACACUAGGAGCACGAAGGAGGCAAUUCUUUACUCCUUUGGCUACCACACAAUAGACGGACACUCGCGAACCACCAAUCCCAUGCAUUCAAGAGCGCCUAUAUGUAUCGGCUGGGAUUGGGGACCAGCUCCAGAAUCGUGCACUACCGAGACUGGGUUUCUCCUGUUCUGGUCAGCCUUAACAGCCCGAUCCAGUUGCCACACUUGGCGGCACACAGGCGAAGGCAAUUUUCGAUGCUGUUCUCCAAUACUCGACUGUAGAAUUAGGAAUAGUUGAUUUUAACAAUAGAUGUCACUAGUAAGAAAAGGCCUCCUCCCGUGCCCUAGUUCCCAUAUAUUUAAGAUAAACUUUUAAAGCCCGAAAGCCACUAGUCCCAAAUGAUUAUAGGACAAAUGAAAAUUUUGAAAUUUCUGUUGUAAGGCCACUUUUUAAAGAUGUUGAAAAUUAGAUUUGAUGAGAAUUCUAAACGAAUUCGGUGAUGAAUUUUACGAGAGACAAUUUGGAGAACAAUUUCAAUUUAGGAGAACUACUUAUAAGUUAGUUCUGAAGACAAUUUGUUGGUGACUCCGCGGAGAGAGUUAACAUGGCCGAAUUCCUCCGGCACAAACAUGAGUCAUGGCCCCAAGUUGUAGCAUUAGACCAUGUCCCAUGAAAUUCAAAUAUACCCAUAAACGUGAGUGGGAAGGAAGUGCUGUCCUCCCAUUCCUGUUUCGCGUCUCCCUCGCUCUCAAUGGAAACCGGAAUCCGAAGUGCUAAAUAUACUUGGGAGAGGAUAAAAGGAUGUAAGCAGCAAACGGACACCCCGGAGAUUCCUGAAUUUCAGCCCAAAAUCCAAAAUCUUCGACAGCAUUGCCUAACGAAAUUUCAUAAUCAACCACCCCCCCGAACGAGGUCAGUCGUUGGAUGCAUAAUUUUAAAAGAGAAUCACAUUAUUUUCCCUUCCACGUGCUCGAAACUGUCAUCCGUCAGAGACGUUUGUUUGACAACAACAAUAAGAAAUCCCUAUUGAUCAACCUACUGCAUAUAAUCCGAGCAUUUAAGUGGACAGAAAAUGGAAUGAGGAUCCCCUAAUUACCACGGUUAGAUGUUACUCACAGUGUAUGAAUUAACAAACGUGAAGAAGAAGAAAGCUAUUUAAUUUAUUAUGCAAGUUGUCCUCACAUCAUUGAUUGCAAAACAAAUAAAAUACACACACCACACUGGAGUGCGUUGUUUGAUGAUUAAACUAGAAACUUAUUGCGUAAAGGCAACCAACCUCUACUCUCUAGCUCUAUCCUACUUCUUUCGUAAUGCGAAAACUGUACUAAGAAAGGAAAGGCAAGAGAAAGGAAAAACCGCUAGAUAAUAAGAACCUAAAGAGAUUCGCUGCUUUCGCGCUUCGUCGUUCGCAGUGUGGAAAUUUUCACUGUGACGAACAAAAAACCGAAAUGAUUUAUAACACACAUAAAACUAGAUAUUGACUACCUACUUAAACAGCAUGCAUAAAUCUACGCAAUUUACUCUGCAUUCAAAUGGACUAUAAUUAUGAGUGGAAGGAACGAAACGAAUCGAAGCGUAAAUUGAGGGAAAGAAUAAUGAAAACAAUAAUAUGAUAAAAUCAAUUUUCAAAAUCCUUUUGCCUAGCGAGCCUCAGAUUAGUAUACAUAUAAAAAAUAUAUUGUAAUUUACCGACAUCCAGGAAGAUUUUUUUCUCAAAUAAAACAAGAAUUAUUGCUGCAGAAA